AUGAGGAAUAUGCAGUCGGGCGAUCAGAAGCAGUUGGACAGCCAACUGAGUCGUGAUCUCAUCGAUGACUUCUUUGAUGAAGGACUGAAAAAAGCGAUGAACAAUCAGAAACAACUUGUGAAGGGAGAAAUUAGCGAGGAAGAAAGAGGUUUUGCUUUUCUAAAAACUCGCAUUUUUUGGUUGGAAAAUUUAUCAUUGCAAACAGAAAGAACUGCUAAUGACGAAUGA